GUGACCUGACGUCACCCGGGCGAGUUACCUCCCGCCGCCGCCGCCGCCGCCGGCUUCAGCGCCAGCCCCGCAGCCCUUGAACGCGAGCCCCGGAGCCCCCGGAUCCCCGACCUACAGCCGUAUUCCCGAGCCGCACUCCCCAAAGCCUCGGCAGCGCGCCCCGCCGGGCCCGCGCGAUGCCCUCAGACCGGCCUUUCAAGCAGCGGCGGAGCUUCGCCGACCGCUGUAAGGAGGUGCAGCAGAUCCGUGACCAGCACCCCAGCAAGAUCCCGGUGAUCAUAGAGCGCUACAAGGGGGAGAAGCAGCUCCCCGUCCUGGACAAGACCAAGUUCCUGGUCCCCGACCAUGUCAACAUGAGCGAGUUGGUCAAGAUCAUUCGCCGCCGCCUGCAGCUGAACCCCACGCAGGCCUUUUUCCUGCUGGUGAACCAGCACAGCAUGGUGAGCGUGUCCACGCCCAUCGCAGACAUCUAUGAACAGGAAAAAGAUGAGGACGGCUUCCUGUACAUGGUCUACGCCUCCCAGGAGACCUUCGGCUUCUGAGCCAGCAGUAGGGGGGAUUGGUCUGGGAGUGGGGGUCCGGGUUGGGCUCUGCCCAGGGAGCUCCUGGCUCCUGAACUGAGCUGCCUCGCCCCUGGUGGGCUGGGCAGGGAUGUGGCCCCCAGUUAGCUGGCACCAACCAGCCUACUCUGCCUCUGGGAGGGUGCUGGAAGUUAUGUUAAGGUUGCCCCUUUGGGUGCUGGCUGGGUUGGGGGAGGGUGGGGAGUAGCCCCCGGCACCCCUGCUGUGUGGUUUGUCUUUUUUAGGCCCUUGCCUGUCUGCCUACCUGCCCCUCACCCACCUGAGGUUCUGCCCCUGCCUGGACCUGCCUACCCCUGAAAGACUGGCCCCUGGCUCCCCCAUAUCCAUGUGGGGCUCCCCCCAUCACCACGUGGUAUACGGAUCUGUGGUCAUUGUCCCUCUGCAGAAUAAAGAUUGCUCAGGCCUGCCUGGCCCUCCGCCUCC